UCGCCAGGUGGCUGUGUCAGCUUGGAUAAGGGUCAAACUCAUGCCUCCGGAAGAUCGACUCUCGAAAAGACCACCACCACCACUCUGACUCACGCCACCACCUACACCCACAUUCCCCUACCACGAUGAUCAAGAUAUGGAGUAUGAAGAAGAACGAGGAUGCAGCGGCCAAGAGAAAGCCCAAGGUUAGCGCUGCCCAAAUACGAGUGCAGAAAGACUUGACUGAGCUCGACCUUCCCUCCACCAUGCAAACAAACUUCCCUGAUCCCGCUGAUCUCCUCAACUUUACGCUCACUAUUACCCCAGACGAAGGCAUGUACAAGGGUGGUGCCUUCGUGUUCUCCUUUGCCAUCAACUCCAAUUAUCCUCACGAUCCUCCGAAAGUGAAGUGUACUCAGAAAAUAUACCACCCUAACGUCGAUCUCGAGGGCAAUGUUUGCCUCAACAUUCUUCGGGAAGAUUGGAAACCGGUUCUUAACCUGAACUCUGUCAUGGUUGGCCUGCAGUAUCUGUUCUUGGAGCCGAAUGCAGACGAUCCUUUGAACAAGGAGGCCGCGCUAGAGAUGAGCAAAGCUCGAGAUCAGUUUUUGAGCAAUGUAAAGUCAUCGAUGCGUGGUGCCAACAUCAAGGGCGUACAAUACGCUAAUGUACUUGCGCGAUAAUUGUCAAGUAUCCCAUCAUCAUGUAUCAUUUCAAUUCCUUUCUCGCUUGUCUGUCGCUCACUGUUUUCCGCGCAUCUUUUUACACACAUCUACUCCAGUCUUCCGCAUUAUUUUCUGUAUUACCUUUGCACUCCCUAGGUGUGAUCAGUAGACACAAGCACUUAGAUAUCCUUUCCGACUUUGAGGAACUGAUUCAUUGUGGCUAGCCUAGUAAUACAGUGCAUUCAUUUAUGUAAGGAUCAAUA